AUGGGGAAGAUUACCAAGCCCAUGCAACCAAAACACAGGGAGACUCUGUCUCCUUGGCUGAAAGGGUUUGUUGAGACAGCCUCAAGUGCUCCUCUGCCCCUCAUCCCGCAACGACUCGACGAGUUCCCACGAAGGUGGCAGUUCCCGCGCGGCGACCUAUACCACUGGAUCCCACUCCUCAACCGUUUCGACAACAUUCUAGAAUCAAUAUGUACAGCCUACGGGCUAGCCAAGGGCCACCAGACACGCAACUUUGAAAGUGAUGUCCUGCUCAACAAGGGCACGCCCUCACUCGAAUACUGCGACGAGCCUUGGAGCCCCGAGCGUCUGGCUGAGGCCGGGUACAAGGAGGAUGGAGAUUGCCGGCUUCUUGUUGCUGUACUCAAGUUCACCCGUAUGCUGCUCGAGCACUGCGGCAACAGGAGCAUCUAUGCGAGCAGCCACCACAUCGACCGCCUUAUCAACAGCCCGUAUCUUGAGGUUCAACAGGCCGGUCUGGAGGUAGGAUUGGAGCUGGCCCAGAGGUAUAAUGCGUCCGUCAAGCGCAUGCCUUCGCCUCCACGUUCGGUGAACCCAGCCUUGUUGGCCAACCACUACAACAUAAACCUCGAAAAGGUGCAACUGCUUGCACGCCCAUUCAUCAGGACGCCCCUCGCCAAGUCCCUAGAGUCAUCCUCAGCUGCUCCGGUCGCUUCAGCUGGCUCGAACGCCAAGGGUAAGGACAAGGAAAAGGAAAAGGAAAAGGCUAAUGGCCCCAAGAAUGUUGCGUCCAUGUAUGCCAACGACCUCAAAGCCCUUGCUUUGAGCCAACCCGACCAAGAGGACUCGUGGAAGAGCUGGGGUGAUCUCAAGAUUUCGUAUUAUCCCGACACAAGCAAUGUCGAGUCUAACGCCCGGGAUUCCAAGGAGGCUCAACCUGUGGAGCCUCGCGCCAGCUCAUCGCCUGCUGCCCCAACGCCGCUCCGUCGUAGCUCAACUACCGUGCCCCAAUCAUCCCGUUCUCAACGUGUCGGAAGUUCGGAAGAAGUCUCGCCCCUUAAGCCCUCGGGAGCAGCUACGGAUGACCGCGAUGGGCCCAAGGUGGUGGAAAUCCCACAGUCCGUCAUCGCGUCCAAAACCAUAUACGAGCUGUAUGAGAUGUGUCCCGCCGACAUGUCACCUCCCAUGAAAUUCGAGUUUACCAGCCGCUUGAGGAUAUGCAAGGCGUUAAUGGGAACCGAGAGAGAGCGUCAGCUGGCCUUGUCCAUUCGCCUGCUGGCCAUUACCAACCUUGCCUACAUUCUACCCGAGGCCCUCUUCAUCGACAAAGUCCUCAAGUACGACAAGGACGAACCCAGGAAAUUUCAGCUUGUGUAUCAGCUGGCCGAGCUUAUCGCCCCUUCUCCGGACGGAAACCCUAGCGAGGUCCCGAAAUGGCUCCAGAGCAUCACGCUGGCUCUGCUUGAGGCCAUCUCCCACCAACAAGAAAAGCAUUCGGAUGUCCUAGCGGCUUUAAACGUAAACGUUAACCAUGGCAUUCUUCUCUACGUCAUCAGAAUAGCCGUGGCGGACAUGAAACGGGACGCCCCUGUUGAUGACCAAGACGAGCUGGAUGCAGAUGCUUGGCGAAGCAACCUGUUCCAGUUGACACUUCAGAUAGCUAUGGCUACGCGUAUCGGCCAGGAGAUGAUGACUGCCGGUCUUAUGGACUGUCUCGUCGAAAUCCUUAACCUUCGGACGGCCGUUGCCAGUCGCAAUUAUAGCAUGGUACUCGCCUUUCUGGACAGUCUGACUUAUGCGUAUCAGACUGCCUUCUCACAGCUGAACAGUGCCGGCGGUCUGGACGCCAUCACGAACCUCAUCACGCUCAAGUGGCUCCUCAAAUUCAUCCACCAUGUCAUGGCCAAUACGUACUCCUUCGAUGGUACCAAUACAGAGCGCCUGUUGAGGAACCUGGUCGACAACUCGUCUUUGCUCAGCAGCCUCUGCACGAUUGCGCGCCAGAACCGGUUCUUCGGCACGGUUGUAUGGUCAAAUGCCACAACUCUCUUGAGCGAUUUCAUCAAUAACGACCCCACGAGCUUUGCAGCUAUCUCGGAGUCUGGGUGGAUCCAGGCCUUUCUUGCGUCUGUUACGAAUCGGCCGGUGCCCAUGCCCGUUGAGAAACCGUCGCCGGAACCUCACCAACCCAGAGCAAAUGAUGGCGGUGAUGGCAAUGAAGCCAAUGACGAUAGUGACGAUGACGCCAAUGCGGAUGAGGCCGCUCCCGCCUCAGACGGUCAAACCGCGGCUCAAACACAUCCACCAACUCAAGAAAUGCUCGAAGCCCCUCGCGACUUCCCCCCCGCUCACGGCAUCCUACCGUCCUCUGAAUCCAUGAACAUCAUUCCCACGGUGUUGAACUCGAUUUCACUCAAUAACCGCGGCAUGAAGAUGGUUCUCUCAUCCGGCGCCAUCCAGAGUUACAUGGAGAUCUUCGAAAGCGCUACUCAUGUGCAGUGCAUGGCCCACGAUCCUGAACUUGCUAGUACUAUUGGUAGUAGUCUUGACGAACUCUCCCGCCAUCACCCCGCGUUACGGCCUGCCAUCGCCAAUGCUAUCAUCGACAUGAUUGCGAGGGUCACGCACCUGGUCAAGACCAUGGAUGCCAAGAAAGCAUGCGGCGCGAGGCUUGAGGCAUCUGAGCCGUCUGCUGGCCCGGCUGCUGAAUCAUCGAAGGCUACUGAGUUGAAGGGUAAAGGCAAAGACAAGGCCACAGACGAUGUGGACGUGGAAACGGCGGAAGCGAGCUCUUCAUCAGCUGGUAAUGAUAAGCCCGCACAAGCCCCAUCGGUCCCUUAUGUUCAAGUCCUUUCUACCUUCCUCCAGCCGAUCAUCAGCAACUCUCAUCUCAAGGGAGCUCUGAUCUCUGCUGGUGGGAUUGAAAUCCUCUUGGAUCUUGCACAAUCUCCCAGCCUUCCCUACGACUUUGCCGAGACACCGGCCUGCCGCAUGCUAGUCGCGGCCAUCUCGCAGCUCAUUGAGUCUGCUCAGAUUAUCGGGCUAGCUUCGUUACUAUUCAGGAUGGAGAACACUAUCAAGGUCCUACAGCCGCGGGUCAAUCCCACAACUACGGAGCCUUUCUUUGCACCGUUCCUCAGUUCGGAUUCAUCUGUGUCUCUCGGGCAAGAGGAUGAAUCAGCCGACAAGAAGCUCACUCCGGAUGUUUCGAGCGGAACAGAGACGGUGAAGGCUCUGCUCAGCAUACAGAUCUUGAUCAAGAUUCUAUACCACUGUUUCCCGUUCUCCAACCGGAGCCAGAUGGUCAGCAUGCCAGCUGUCAACGUGUACGACUAUUACAUUCGUCUGAUUCGAAGCCUUGGACCGUUGUUGCGUGGCGUGUUGAAGGAAGAGGCAGCGGUCAAUGGUGCCGUUCCACACCACUGGACACAGAAGAACAAGCCGUACCAAACCAAUGCCUUGGGCUCUCGCGCUGAUGUGCAGGAUCUACUGACCGAUUCGGCGGCUCAAGAUGCUUCCGCAAACGGUAAGAAAUUGACGCCUGAAGAGCAGUCGACUGCUGAAUACAAGAACUACCAGACCCUACGGGUCCUUCUUCAUUCCUUUAUGCCUUCCAUCUUCCCGUUCUUCCAGACUAUCGGCAAGGCCCUGUUGCCUAGGCGCAACAACAACGACCCGUUCAUCCGUUCUCGACACCUGGCAAUUGCAGAGGCGUCCGCGGAAACCUUGAUUCAGCAACUGCAGCAGUCAAAGGAAGAGUUGACGGUCAGAGACAUCCAUAACUGGAUCAUCAUGAUCCACACGUUUGGCGAAAUGGUUGUUGAUACGAAUCACCGUACUGCCAGCGGAGGCGCUUUUCUUAUCCUCCCCGUGAUCACUGCCUUUAAGGAGCUCGGGGGUUUUGAGGCACUGAACGUCAUUCUCAAGCGGUUGGCCGACAUGGUGUCGGCUGGGGCCACCGAUGGUCAAGAAGCCACGAAGGCCAAACUUUCAAUGAUUGGCAUGAAGAAAGUACUCGACAUCUACGGUUUCAUCGUUAGUGGCAAAAACCUCUCAGAUUCUAUGGCCCAGAUUGCUUUGGCACCCAAGCCAACGGAACGAGUCAACCAGGAGUUUUCGCACCAACUUGUUGUUGAGUUGCGAAUGUUGAUCCUUCCUAUUGUUCAAGAUAUCUGGGCUUCCAAGAUCAUCGAAAAGUCAACAAGCCCGAUAGUGAGCAAGAUUAUUGACCUUAUCAAGACCAUCGCGGUCGGCGACCUGGAGUCAAAUGCCCAAUCAAGAUCUGAUAAAGAAUCAUUACCGUAUCUUUUCAAGAAUCGCGAGUCCGUUCCCUUCAAAUGGAUCUCGCGCAAGGACGCAGAGGCACUCGCAACUGAGCAGGGCGUAGACGUUGAUCUAGCGUUGGAGGCACUUUAUCGUGCUAAUGGUAAAGAGAGUGACACCAAGGAGUACAUCAAGUACCAGAAGGCACACCUAGUUCGGAACCGCAACCCUGUGCCGGCUGAGGACGCUUUCAAGGAGGCGCCAUCUCCCAACCUGUCGCCGUCGGCAGGGAUGUCUCUCAGCAACCUGUUGAACACUCCUACUUUCCCGGUGGGCGAUUUGCUCGGCUCAGAACCUAUGGCGUUGGAUCCGGUGCCUAACCAGCCCCUCGGAGAACCUAGUGGUGAAGCAGCCCUCGGUGAUGUUACUGAGCCCUCCUCUGACGACUCUGAUGAAGGCCAGCCUGGCACUAGCGGUGAAGCCGAUGUUGGCGUCUCUACGGCGACACCACAACAACUGCCUGUACUUCCGUCACAGCAACCAGCCACUGAAUCACAAACUGACGCUCCCCGUAUCACCAGGGAAGAUCUGGCUGAAGAGAGGGCAAAGCUCUACGAUACCCUGAUCGAUCGUUGUCUUGAAGUCAUUAGCUCUCAUCCCGAGGCCGUCUUUGAGGUUGCGGAUCUCAUCCAAAAUACCAUCCUGAAAACCGACAAUGAAGAUAGGAGAGUGGAAGUUGGCGAGAUCUUGGCUAAUGCGCUCAUGUCAUUUGCCACUGAUGACGCAGAGGUGUUGAAGGAGAAUGGCAGUAGCAUUGCCGCUUACGCCCAUCUUUUGGCGCUUCUUCUUCAACAUACUGCAUUCAUGAAGACUACCGUGGACAUGUUGAGAGACUCUGUGGGCGGUUAUCUCGGCUUCCUGAAGCUGCCGCCGGCAAGCUCCAAUGACAACCUUCCUCCGUGGAUUCCCUAUAUUCUCCUGAUAUUCGAGAUGAUGCUGUUCCAAGACGCCCAGCCUCCCGAGAUCAAAUGGAAGCAGCCUUUGAAAGAGGAUGACCCGGUUGAGGAGCCGGUCAUUGCGGUGAAGGAGCCCAACUUCUCGGCCGAACACCGCUCGUCUCUCUUGACCACUCUCCUGGAUUUUCUCCCUCGCGUAGGCAAGGAAGAGUCAUUGGCUGUUUCGGUGUUGAGAAUCCUCGUCGUCCUGACCAGGGAUCACGCGGUAGCCAAGAUUGUUGGGGAGAAGAAGAAUUUGCAACGGCUGUUUGUCAUGGCAAAGCAGCUGUGUGGUGCCGGUUCUACUCGUCUCAAGCAGACUCAUAUCUCGGAACACAUCCGACAGAUCCUUCGACACAUCAUCGAAGACGAAGAGACCCUUCGGCAGAUUUUUGAGACUGACAUGAGACACCUCAUGACUUCAAGGCAUAGGCCUAGCACAGCCCCGGGCCUUGAAGCACAGGCGUACUUGCGCACCCAAGCGCAUUUGGCUCUUCGGUCGCCCAAGACCUUUGUCGAGGUCAGCACGGAGCUGCUCAAGCUGAACCGGGGUGUUUCGCACCUGGGUGACGGAACGCUGCGCUCCGCGCCAUUCCUGGUUCUCAAGGAGCGCCCUGCAGAUGCUAGUGUCUCGCCCAAGGAGAGCUCAGUCGAACCUACAGUGCAAGCGACAGAAGAUCUCACCAUCAGUGACGUCAAGCCUUCAACCGAGGUGACGGACAAGGAUAUGUCCGAUGCCCCCAAGGCCCCCGCCCAAGACCUCAAGCGGCCGAUUCUCGAACAUCCCGAUGGUGUUGUUCACUUCUUGUUGACCGAGCUGCUCAACUACAAAGAGGUUGACGAGAGGGAGAACGUUCCUGCGCCUCCCGCAGCUGCCUCUAAGCCGGAGUCUGAUUCUACUCCUGCUAAUGAGGCUACUCCUUCUCCUUCCGGGGACGAGCAGAAUUCGGAGUCGAAGGAGAAGGAGAAGAAACCGGCAAAGGCCCCUUUCAAGGCCGAGGAUCAUCCCAUCUUCAUCUAUCGGUGCUUCUUGCUUGAUUGUCUUGCAGAGCUAUUACAGAGCUACAAUCGUGCCAAGGUUGAGUUCAUUAACUUCAAGCGCUCAGCUCCCAUUCAGGCGAACGCCCCGGUCAAGCCUCGCUCCAGUGUGCUAAACUAUCUUCUCAACGACAUUCUUUGCUUCAGCCCUGCAAGCGGAGUGCCGGAUUCGAUAGCCAUGAGAAAAAAGGCGGCAACGGCGGUGCCAGCCCGCGCUGUUCUGGUUGCCCUUGUUUCUAGGACCGGCGAAAAGCCUCAGAGCCGUACCCAUGAACCGUUUGAGUAUGAUGAUGAGCCGGACUUGCUCUUUAUCCGCCGGUUUGUCCUGGAUACCAUCCUUCGCGCCUACAAGGAUGCUUCUGUGUCCGCGGAGCCGUUUGAUAUUCGAUACGGAAAGAUGAACGCUCUCGCGGAGUUGAUGGCCCAGAUGAUUGGCGAAGGAGACAAAGAGUCGCGUCCCAACAACCCGCGCGGUACAGAUCCGUCAAUCGGACGGUCUCAAGCUCAGCUGAAGCGUCUCAUGUAUGAGAAGGGCUACCUCACGUCCUUGGCUGCGUCCAUCGCCGAUAUUGACCUCACAUUCCCACACAACAAGGCUCCACUCAAGCCCAUCCUUGCGGACGAGUUCCUGACCGACGGGUCGUCCGUCUCUGAUGACCUCUCAGACGAUCGCGAGGAGACGCCUGAUCUUUAUCGCAACUCCACAUUGGGCAUGCUUGAACCCGGACGGGAUGACGAGUUCUCCGACGAAGAUGAGGAUGAUGAUGAAGACAUGUACGACGAUGAGCAGUACGACGACGAGCUCGACUAUGGCGACGACAUGUCACAGGACAAUGAAGACAACCCUAGCGAUGAUGAAGACGAGCUCGGCGAGAUGGGCGAAAUGGGAGGAAUGCCCGACGACGACAUGGACGAAGAUGAUGAGCAGGAGCUUAGUGAUGAGGAUGAGGACGACGAAGUCGGCUCCGAAGACAUGGAUGACAUGGAAGAUGACAUCCACAUUGUCGAUGAAGAGGGCAAUGCCAUUGAUGACGACGGUGCGUCGUGGGAUGAUGGCACCGACGAGGAUGAGGAGGACGAGGAAGAGCUCGACUACGAAGCUGAGGCUCAGAAUAUGCAGGAGGCUCAGCUUCACAAUCGUCGGACUUUCCCCGAGAUCAUGCGAGCUGCCAUGGAGAAUGCUGGCGAUGAUCUUGAUGCCGAGCCGAUUCGCGACUUUGACGGGCACUACAUCGACGAUGAUGAAGAUGGUGAAGAAGACGAUGAUGAAGAUGAAGGCGAAGACGAUAUGGAUGAUGACAUGUACUUUGACGGCGAUGGUCUUCACGAUGACUUGCUUGCGCCCAACAUGCCAUCGGGGCUUGGUUGGGACAUCGCAAUCGAACCCAACCAUCGACACCGGCCGUCCCGGAGCCCUUGGCCCAACAGUCCUUUCGUGGUUGGAAGACAUCGUGACGCGCUUGACUUCCAAAACUUCUUCCGCCGCCCUGCGCAUCUCAGCAGACAUCUGCCCCCCCCGGCCGACGUCAUGUCUGGAACAAAUCCGCUCUUGCUUCCCCAGGCUCGUCGGGAGGUUCCUCGCAAUGCUCACAGUCAGCUGGUUCGUCUAGGGAUCACUCCGAACAUGAUUGGAGGCCUAGGCAUGGGCAUGGGUGUUGAACCGUUGGCGUUUAUCAGCGACCUUGUCCAACACUUACCCGACGUGCGUCUCAGCGCUGCAGGAGGACCCUUGGCCUUGCAUUUCACAGCAGACGGACCAGGUGGAAUCAUCCGCGAACUCAACGCCAUACCAAUUCCUCCCCCGCACGCCCGCGAGUCUCGCUCCACUGAAGCUCGGCGCGAUACCUAUCAGGAACCUCACCAAGCCGUCCAAUUUUCUCCAGAAUCUACACAUGAGAGAUGGCAACAAGAAGUCAAGAUGAUCUUUGGCUUUGGCCACCAGGACAAGGCUCAGAAGCUUGCGCCUCUCAUCAUUUCCAAGCUUACUCCGGCAGCAAUUCAAGCUGAGAAGGAGGAGAAGGCUCGUAAAGCGGAGGCAGAUCGUAAAGCAGAGGAAGAGCGGAAGAAGCGCCAGGAGGAAGAGCGCAAGAAGAGAGAGGCUAAGGAAGCGGAAGAGAAGGCUGCGCGUGAGAAGAAGGAAGCAGAGGAGCGUGAGCGCCUUGAGCGCGAACGAGCUGAAGCUGCUGCACAAGCUGCUGCGCAGGCCGCCGCUGAUCAGGAGGCAAAUGCUGCGGCUCAAGAGGCGACCUCUAUGGAAGGCGUUGAGACUCAAGCCGCGGGCGAAAAUGCCGAGCAGCAGGCCGAGGAUGAACGCCCUCGUGUCUAUUACACUCUCCGUAACCAGCAGGUUGAUAUCACCGAGCUGGGUAUCGACGCCGAGUACCUUGAAGCGCUUCCUGAAGAGUUCAGGGACGAGGUGAUCGCCCAGGCGAUCAGCACCCGCAGAUCCCAGGCGCGAGAGCAGGUUCAACAAGAGGGCGAAAACACUGAGGUCUUCCAAGAGUUCCUUGAAGCACUCCCGGAGGAGCUUCGUAACGAGAUUCUCCACCAGGAGCAGCACGAACAGAGGCGUCGGGAACGACAAGCUGCAGCAGGAGGCCAAGACCUUGGUCCGGCUGACAUGGAUCCCGCAAGUAUCCUGUUGACUUUCCCCCCUGGUCUCCGCCAGCAAGUCCUACUCGACCAGGGUGAAGACAUCAUGGAGCACCUUGGCCCAGAGUUGGCCGCAGAAGCCCGCACUCUUGUGGCGCGUCAUCGUCAACUCCACGCCGCCCAAGGUGGUCAACCGGCUCCUCGUCCUCGAGACACUCAGCGCCCUGCCGAGGCAGGUGCUGGAGCUGUCCAAAAGGUCCAGAGGCGCACUGUGGUGCAGAUGUUGGACAAGCAGGGCAUUGCUACCCUCCUCCGCUUGAUGUUUGUCUCUCAGCAAGGCUCAAUUCGCUCCAGUCUCUUCAACAUUUUCGCCAAUCUGUGCGAAAACCGCCAGAACCGACUCGAUGUCAUAUCCUCUUUGCUACAGGUUCUCCAAGAUGGAUGCACGAACAUGGAUGCCAUUGAGCGUAGCUUUGCCCAGAUCUCUUACAAGGCCAAGCAACCAAAGGAGAAGGACGCCAAGACGCCUCACCCCUUGAAGCGAACCCUCACAGGCGGCACUAGCAACAACAACAACAACAACAACAACACCAACGCUCAGUUCCCCGCUAGCUCGGAGGUGUCGCCGCUGUUGAUUGUUCAGCAAUGUCUUGACCUUUUGGUGGAGCUUACCAAGCUCAACGCCCACGUACCAUCUGUGUUCUUGACUGAGCAUGAGACAGUGGCAUCCACCCUCAAGCGAAGCCUGAGCCGCAAGGGCAAGGGUAAGGAUGUCACUGGCAAGGCUCCCAAGUUUGCCAUCAACUCUCUCUUGACUCUUCUGGACCGCAACCUCGUCAUGGAGAGCUCUGCAGUCAUGCAGGUACUAGCUGAUCUCCUCAACAAGAUUACCAUCCCGCUUCAAGCGAUUGAGCGGAGGCGCAAGGAGUUUGAGGAGGAAACGAAAAAGAAGAAGGAAGCCGAAGAAAAGGCUGCCUCUGAACGUGAAGCGGCUGCCAACGCACCCGAAGAGCAGACCUCGACCGAGCAGGCCUCUUCUGCCCAGCAGGAGGUGACCCAGCAGCCUUCUGAAUCUGCUCCAGCAGCUGGUUCCAGCGAACAGCCAGCACAGCCAGAUCAAGAGAACAAGGACCCAGAAGCACCCAAGGAACAGGCUGGUGAGAGUUCUCUUCAGUCCGCAUCCGAGGAGAAGAAGUUCCGGACGCUCACGCCGCCGACCAUCCCUGAGCACAAUCUUAAGCUGGUAAUUAACAUUUUCGUGGCCCGUGAAUGCAGCUCCAAGACAUUCCAGAACACCAUCUCCACGAUCAAGAAUCUUUCCAACAUCCCUGGCGCGAAGAAGGUAUUUGGAGACGAGUUGGUUCGCCAAGCUAGGGUCUUGAGCGAGAACAUUCUCUCGGAUCUUGACAACUUGCUUCCUCACAUCUUGAAGGCUGAGUCCGGUACCCAAAUUCAGGGCGUUGCCCUUGCCAAGUUCUCGCCAGGCGCAUCGGAGCAAAACAAGCUCCUACGUGUUCUUACAGCGCUCGACCAUCUGUUCGAUAGCAAGAGCAAGAAGCAGGACAAGCCUGCCGAAGGAGAGAACACCAAGGAGGACCUCCUGGGUUCUCUCUACUGGAACCCAACUUUCGGCACGAUGUGGGAUAAGCUAAGCGCUUGCUUGAGCGCAAUCAGGCAGCGCGACAACAUGCUCAACGUGGCCACGAUUCUCCUGCCGCUCAUCGAGUCGUUGAUGGUGGUGUGCAAGAACACGACACUUUCGGAUGCUUCGGCGGUGUCGAACGUCAACUCGCAGAAGGAAAUGCUUCUCACCAGCCCGCCUCCAGAGGACCGCAUUGCCGGCUUGUUCUUUACUUUCACCGAGGAGCACCGUCGUAUCCUCAACGAGCUCGUCCGACACAAUCCCAAGCUCAUGUCGGGCACCUUCUCGUUGCUGGUCAAGAAUCCGAAGGUCUUGGAAUUUGACAACAAGCGCAACUACUUUAACCGUAGCGUGCAUUCCAAGCACCAACAGACGAGGCAGUCUUUCCCCCCAUUGCAACUUCAAGUGCGCCGUGAGCACGUCUUCCAUGACUCGUUCCGGUCGCUCUAUUACAAGAAGGCCGAGGAGUUGAAGUUUGGAAAGUUGAACAUCCGUUUCCAGGGCGAGGAAGGUGUCGAUGCUGGCGGUGUCACUCGCGAGUGGUUCCAGGUGCUCUCCAGACAAAUGUUCGACCCCAACUACGUCCUUUUCGUUCCGGUGUCUUCGGACCGCACCACCUUCCACCCCAACAAGUUGAGUCCUAUCAACGACGAGCAUUUGCCCUUCUUCAAGUUCAUUGGCAGAAUCAUCGGCAAGGCCCUUUACGAGGGCCGUCUGCUUGACUGCUACUUCAGCCGUGCGGUCUACAAGCGCAUCCUCGGCAAGCCCGUCUCGGUCAAGGAUAUGGAGUCGUUUGAUCCGGAUUACUACAAGUCCCUUGUUUGGAUGCUCGAGAAUGAUAUUACUGAUAUUAUUACCGAGACCUUUUCGGUCGAGGACGACGUGUUCGGCGAGGUCAAGGUUGUCGAUCUGAUUGAGAACGGCCGCAACAUCCCUGUCACCGAGGAGAACAAGCAUGAGUAUGUUCGUUUGAUCGUCGAGCACAAGCUCAUCACCUCGGUCAAGGAUCAAAUGAAGGCAUUCCUUACUGGCUUCCAUGAGAUCAUCCCCGAAGAGCUCAUCGCCAUCUUCAACGAACAAGAGCUUGAACUUCUCAUUUCCGGUCUGCCUGAUAUUGACAUCGACGACUGGAAGGCGAACACCGAGUACCACAACUACUCUGCCGGUGCCCCUCAGAUUCAAUGGUUCUGGCGCGCUGUCCGGUCCUUCGACAAGGAGGAACUCGCCAAGCUUCUUCAGUUCGUCACGGGCACAUCCAAGGUGCCUCUCAACGGCUUCAAGGAGUUGGAGGGCAUGAACGGUGUCAGCAGGUUCAAUAUUCAUCGUGACUAUGGCAGCAAGGACCGUCUUCCUAGCUCUCAUACUUGCUUUAACCAACUUGAUCUUCCCGAGUAUGAAAGCUACGAAACUCUAAGAAGCCAGCUACUCAAGGCUAUUACCGCGGGUAGCGACUACUUCGGCUUCGCGUAG